CUAAAAGCUCCUGGAGUUCUUUUAACCUUCGGCCAAUUGUUUACGCGGAGUAUCUGGUGUGUUGACAUACCCAAACACUGCCAUCCAUAGCUCAGCUACCACCUCUUUCACAGCAAGAGAACCCCUAACCGUAAGAAAACUGUCUUGUAGUACUGCACACAAUCAAACACCCAAAUUCUUCGUGUUUCCCCGAGAAGAAGGAGAAUCGUUUGUACUGUUGGUGUUGCGUCUGCUGCUUUGACUUCUUAUUCUGCGUUCCCGAGAUUGAAAAUCUGGCAAAUUUAGGGGAAGGAGUGAAUUUGAGGCCACGGUUGUGUUCUAAACAAGCCAGUAGAGAGGUCCAAGACGUCGAAGUGGAGUGCAGGCCUUGGCGUAAGAAGGUCUCGAUGGCUUUCAACAGGGUCUCCCUUUUCAAAAUUACCCUUCUGCUCCUACUUAUUGCCGCCAUUACCACAGCUUUCCUCACUCUUCCUGUUGAAAAGAUUUUGAAAGACUUCUUGACAUGGGUUAAAGACGAACUCGGUCCUUGGGGUCCUCUUGUCUUGGCUGUUGCAUACAUUCCUUUAACAGUUUUGGCAGUCCCCGCUUCAAUACUCACGUUAGGUGGUGGAUAUCUGUUUGGAUUACCUGUCGGUUUUAUUGCCGAUUCAAUUGGUGCAACAAUUGGUGCUGCAGCAGCUUUCCUUCUUGGAAGAACGAUUGGGAGGUCAUUUGUUACGUCGAAGUUGAAAGACUAUCCACAGUUCCGUGCAGUUGCAAUUGCAAUUCGAAGAUCUGGCUUUAAGAUUGUUUUGCUGCUGCGCCUCGUUCCUUUACUUCCAUUCAACAUGCUCAACUACCUCUUGUCCGUGACCCCUGUUCCCUUUGUGGAAUAUGUGCUAGCUUCUUGGCUGGGAAUGAUGCCAAUUACUUUCGCACUGGUGUAUGUUGGAACAACUCUGAAGGAUCUCUCUGAUGUAACGCAUGAGUGGGGUGAAUUUUCUAAAACUCGUUGGGCAUUCAUUGUAUUGGGCCUCCUGGUGUCUGUGAUUUUAAUAAUAUGUGUUACACGAGUUGCGAAGGCAGCUCUAGAAAAAGCAUUGGCUGAAAAUGAUGACAUGGAGGACUUAUUGGAAUCACCACAACUACCUGUUGUGGCAACUCCUUGUGGAAAUCUCAACCAGCCGCUUAUAAUAAAGAUAGAUGCUGCUCAAGAUAGUAAUCAUGAAAAUUAGAAGUUAAAUUUGUACUCUGUAAAUUCUUUACUUGAUGCAAUUUUUGUCUUUGUUUCUAGCUUCUAAUGCACACCUGAUUGGUAGUAAUUGCUCGAGAUUCUUCUCCUGUACAGUUGGAUUAUACUAAUGUAUAAGUUUGGAGAUAAAUGGAAGGAUUUAUUUCUGAUAUAUAGUGUAAACAUGCUGGUGGGAAGCCAUUCUACUUGGCUAUAAUUAAGUGUACCAUGAAUCUCAUGAAAUAUUGCUGC